AAAUUGUCUGCUUGCAACGCUUUGCAAGAGAUUGAAGAGGCAUCACAAAACGAAGGCUACUCUAUUGCUGAUAUCGGUGUUCCAGGCUUGCGUCAUUUUAUUUAUAAAUCGAGGAUGCACGUACAGUAUACUUCACCGACCUUUGUUACACCUUAUAAUGACCCUCGAGAAAAACAAAAGUUAUUUAAAUUAUAUCGUUACACUCAUGACCGAAUGCAUUCACGUUUGAGACCUCUUAAAGUUCAUUAUUACGUUAGUCCCACUGAAACAAUAUUAGGAUGGAUAACUUGUAGCUUUGAGCUUUACGCUGCGUUUGGUCCACUGAUGUCGAAGUCUGCACUAACAUCCUCAUCUCAUACGUUGCUAAGAUGGAUAAAAAAGGAAGAAGACAGCUUAUUCAUUGUUUCUUCACCAGUGUUUUAG